AUGUCACUGAACAAAAACAACAUCAGGGAAUAUAAAGUCGUCGUUGUUGGUGGUGGUGGUGUCGGUAAAUCCGCCCUCACCAUUCAACUGAUCCAGUCUCAUUUCGUUGACGAAUACGACCCGACGAUUGAGGAUUCGUACCGCAAGCAAGUAGUGAUUGAUGACAAAGUUUCGAUUUUGGAUAUUCUGGACACGGCUGGUCAAGAAGAAUACUCGGCCAUGAGAGAGCAAUAUAUGCGCACCGGGGAGGGAUUUCUUUUGGUGUACUCCGUCACGUCUCGGACUUCAUUCGAUGAGCUCAUGACCUACUAUCAACAAAUCCUAAGAGUCAAAGACGCGGAUUACGUGCCGGUUUUUCUAGUUGGAAACAAAAGCGAUUUGGAGGACGAGCGCCAGGUAUCAUACGAGGAAGGUAUGAGUCUGGCCAAGCAGUUCAGCGCACCUUUUCUAGAAACUUCCGCAAAACAAGCUAUCAACGUAGAGGACUCUUUCUACGGCUUGGUGCGGCUGGUUAGAGACAGCGGUGGAAUGUACAAUCCAAUCACGAACCAAGAGCUGGAGAAGAGAUUUCACCAGCAACAAGGCGGCGUCCCGGGCCAAGGCCUGACCGAAACCAGCUCCGGAUCCCCCGAGACAGGCGAAAUUGCGAAUGUCGAUCAAUCGCCCGCCAAUGGCACCACAGAAAUAAUUGGAGAUGCUCCUAUGCGUAAUACAAAGGAAGCUUCAGUUGGUGCAAACCAGGCAGGCGGCGCGCAGGGACGCGUGCAAACAAGAAAUGAUAGGACCAAGGCAAAGGAAAAGUCUGGCGGAUGUUGCAUCAUAGCCUAA